AUGCAGUUCUCCAGCUCUUUCCUCGUCGCUGCUCUCUUCGGCACUGCCUUUGCCAUGCCCCAGGCCAACCCUACUGAUUGCCCGGCGACCUCUGCUAUCCCUACCUGCGGUGCUCCCUGCAUCACCUCCGCCGCCUCCGCCGUUGGCUGCAGCAACAUUGCUUGCCAGUGCGCCAGCUCCAGCGCCAUUCAGGCUUCGGCCAUCAACUGUGUCCUUGACAACUGUGGCUUCCUCGAGGCUCUCCAGGUUCAGGCUUCUGCCGCCGCUGUCUGCACUGCUUGCGCUUAG